CUGCCUGCUUUAAAAGUAGAAGGCAGCAAUGAAGAUGCCUUGAUGGAUUUUCUUCACACUGCACAGACUCUUGUACUUCAAACAUACAUUGGCGUUGAUCAUAAGAUAACUUUCAUAACACCAAUACAAGGAUAUCUCAAGAAAUGUAUAAUCUUCUACAAAACAUCCAGUGUAGCUCUACUUGAGGAUGAUGCCUUAAACAAUAUAAAUAUAAUUACUAUGAGUGGUGGCGUAGCAGUAUCGUUGUACCAAAUAUUAAGACAAAUCUUUAGUCCUUUACUUACCUUGGAUGACGAUUUGUAUUCGAAUAAAGUUCAAAAAAAUCUGUUGGACUUACAAACUAACUUAAGAGUAGUUGCUCAUGGAAAAGGUGAUGAGAAUAUGAAAGUAAUAUUAUCUAUUGAUGAUGAAGUGGAAUACUGGAAAUCUUUGGGACAAAACAAAGAUGCUAAUAAAAAAGAAAGAGAAGCAGCAUCAGCAUUUUGUGUUCUAUUUGAAGAUAUUUGUGAAGAAAUUCGGUCUCUACAAUCCAGUCCUAUGCAAGAAGGAAGAGAUACUGUUGAGAAUAUCGCUGGCAUAUUAGAUGAUAUUUGGAGAUACACAGCAUUCCCAUAUUCGCAAGAUAGAAUUAUACAUGUGUUUGAUAUUAUUGGACAUGUUAUUUGCACAGUAUUACAAAAAGCAGUGUUGAAUGUUGACAUAUGGACUGUGUGCGAUGGGGUUAAAGACAACGAAAUUGUAGCGCUAUUAUCUGAAGGGCUCAAUGCAGCACAAACAUGGAUCAGCGCUUGUAACUCGCUCACUGUUACUUAUUGGCCCAAUUACGCUCUUCAUGCUUGGAAAGGGAAAUCUUAUAUUCCAAUACAUUGUAAUAAUUUUGAAGCAAGACUUAAGGAGAUACAUAACAUAAGGUCCACUUUCAAUCAGUUAAGUAAAUUACUAACAAAGAGCGAGAGAGCGGAAUUAAACACCGACAAAAUGUUCGAACCUUUUAAAAAUAUCAAUAUAUGGAUAUACAAUGACCCAAAUCAAAUAUGGGAAAACGCUUUUGCUAGAUUCUCUGCAAACUUGAGACCGACUGAGUCAAAAAUUGCUGAAAAGUUAAAGCCACGGAUGCAGAAUGCAUCGACAAAACAGAUGCUGUACGAAUUCAUGAGAUACAAAACCUUGUUGAACAGGCCAGUCGUGAAACAGGCUCUGAGCAGUGAGCUAGAAAUAUUCGUAAGCUCGCUUCUGUCUAUGCUGAAAGCCAUUCCUGCACAGUUGGACAUGGAUGAGAUAGAUGUACAAAUGUACCAACCGGCGGAGAUGUCGCCGCUGGUUCAACAAGUACAGUGGGCGAAGCAGAUGGAAGCAAAAGUUAAAGAAAUAAAGAAUUGUACCGAAAACUAUCUGGCUGAGUUCGAGAAUAGCGCUGAAGUGUUACAGUUAUCUGCUCAAGUUCUCAAAGAUCUUAAAACCAUGUACACCCAAUUACAUGAAGAAUGGUCCAGAGAUCUACAGGCAGAGGUAAAGCAAUCGACCCAAAUAUCUGAGACGAAGCCCGUGGUAGAGUUUUCGAGCAGCGACCGGCUAAUGGUUGUGAACUACGACCCCCGGCUUGUACGCGCGGAGUCAGAGGCGCGUGUGUUGGUGGCUUUAGGACUCCCCGCACCAAACCCAAACACUACGGCAGCCUUACAAGCGCUUAUUGCGCCGCUCAAGCAUGCACGAGCUUUGCAACAGGUGGCCUCGUUUCACAACACGCUGGGCGAGCGAAUGGUUCCGUCCACCCGGCCCAUGAUGCUACAGACAGCUCUUGAGCUUUCGGCGCUCGUUAGCGAUCACCAGCCGUUGUACUGGCGCCACGAGGAACAACUCGCAGUCUAUACUGAACAGUUGAAGCAAAUGGUGCUCAAGCUAGAAGGACAGAAUGUUUACCUAACUGGCCAGCAUAUAGCUAUACGUAGUAUAGUUGAAAAACUAAUGGAUACAGAACUGCUGGCAAAACAAUCAGAAUGGAAGAGAGGAAUCAAAGAUAUAAGAGAAAUCAUUGAAAAGGUGGAAGCAAACGGUUACAAAAAUACUGAGAUGUGGCGAUCACAUUGGGAUCUGCAUUUAUACAAAGCUCUGGAGUGCCAGUACAUCAAAACAUUGCUGUCUUUGCAUUCUCACAUCCCGAUUGUGAGGGUGGAUUUAGUAUUACGUGGUCGCGCCGUACGUCCGUCACCACCGCUAGAAGAAAUCCGCGUUCAACACUACACACAAUUGCGGCGCCUCGUGGCUUUGCCUGCACACUUUAUGGGUCUACAGACUAAUAUUGCCGAUGACAACCCUAUUUUCGCAUCUAUAGUGCACAAGCAUAGUUGGCUGGGCAACAAAGCAGUACCACAACUGGAGGCUGCGCUAUCGGGCUUAGAGCGAAUGUGCGUCAAGUGGACGCAACGUGCGGCGUUGGGCUGCGUGCCCGACCUAGACGCGCUCUGUGCAGAACAUUUGAAGGAACCCGCAGACUGGGAGCUCAAUUUUAAGGCUUGCAAAGCAUAUGGUCAAGCGGUCGCUAAAAUGAUGUUCGAGGAUGAAAAAAUUGAAUGGAUCACUGUAGGCACGGUCACUUUGCGGCGUGAGUUCGAAGCUCAAGCGCGUAGCCUAUGGACCAGUCUCAUGGCGUCCUUGCAAACAAGCUGCCGAGAUGAUGCUUCCACCUUGGACUCGUUCAUGGCCAACGCAACGGUUAUGUUGGAGAAUAAAGCUAUGCCGAAAAACGCUAAGGAGCUGGCAGAUAUUAGUGCUAAACAACAGGCAUUGCGGAUCAAAAUGCCGGAGAUGGAGAAAAUGGUGGAAAGCUUAAAACGCAAAGGACAUUUGUUGCGGACUUGGGGCGGCGACUCGACUCUAGAUAGUACAUUUCGUGAGUGGCACAAAUUGCAUGAACAGAUGCUCAGCCAACAGCAGAUGUUCGAACAUCAGGCGGAAAUCGUGAAGUCAAGUCUAACUGGCGAAUGGAAGAAUUUGCAAAGUGGCGUUGAAGCUUGGGUGUCGCGCUGGAGUCAAGCUAAAGUCCGUCUCGAAGACACCCGCGACGCAACUUAUGAGCAGAUUGUAGAAAGGUGUCGCUCUGUUCUGGACGCCGCGGAACAUUGCGAUAAACUUAUAUCCGAGAAGCAGGAGUUGAUGGUGGAGUGUGAAAAGUUUAACACACAGACUGAAUCGUCUGAAUCGUGGGCAGAAGCGGAAUCAUUAAAAACAGAAUUGCUUCAUCUAUGGACUACAUUUAAAGAUUACGACGACGAAUUUAAAACACUUGGAGAACAAGAGUGGGUGGUUUUUCAGAAAAAAAUGCAUCUACUCGACGACUUUAUAAUGCAGUGGAGUGCCAAACUUGAGCCGUAUACAUCAAUUACUCUGUUCAUAAAACAAGAACUGGAUAAUUACACUGAUUUAACAACAUCAUUAAAGUACUUGCGGGGAUCUGAUUUCACGGAGAAGCACUGGCGAGAGGUGUUUAGCCUUGUGGAACUGGAUUACGUGAAGCCAGAAACGCUACAACUCAAACAUUUACUGAGCGUGUCACUUAAUAUAAAGAAGAAUAUAAAAGCCCUGCAGAAAAUAAGCAGUUCAGCAUCUAGCGAAGCGUCAGUGAGGAGCGCUCUCAACGAACUAGAACUAUGGUAUGCCUCGGCCCGUUUCACCGUCAUCUAUUACACGGACAAAUCCAAACGGCUUACACCAAUCGUGAAAGAUUUUAAGGAUUUACUAGCUAAGGUGGAAGAGCAGCAAUGGGUUGUGUCGUCGCUGGGCACGGAGUGUGCAUCCUGCGCGACGUGGGAUGCACGUCUACAGGCCGCCAGGCGUCUAGUUCGCUCGGCGCAUUAUGCCCAACGCAGGUGGCUUUACUUGGAGCCGAUACUUUGCAACGACGAUGGAGAACUAGGAAUCAAGUUUCGAAAAGUAGACCAAGGGUUCAAGCAAGUGACUAGAAACAUUGAGUCAGACCCGCGCCUUUCGGCUUUAGUGCAGUCGAUGAGGCUGCAACCCAUGCUGGAUGCUAUUUCCGAACAAUUAAAUGCUUGUCAAUCAGCAUUAAAUGAAUAUAUUGAUGAGAAGCGCUCUAUUUUCCCAAGGUUAUAUUUUUUGAGCGACGACGAUCUGUUAGAACUACUCGGCCAAGCGCGUGCCGGUGCUGAAGGCAGAGAGGCUGUUAUGCAGAACCAUCUCAAGAAGCUGUUCCCUGGAAUCACAGGCGUAAGGCUCGGCCCUGGGGGGUUAUGUAUCACAGCUUUGUGCAGCCAUUACGGUGAAACAUUUCAACUUGAUCACCCAAUCGAUAUUGAUUGUUCUGUAGAGAUUUGGUUAAAAAACCUAGAGCAAGAAAUACUUUCAACGCUAAAGAACAUUACCUUAAAAUGCUUGGUCGCAAAUAGCUUGCAAGACCAAGAUCCAUUUUCGCUGCCCACGCAAAUAUUAUGCCUCGCGCAAAACAUAAGGUUCACUGAACAAACUGAGAGGGCGAUAAUGUCUAAAGAACUGCAUAAGUUAAAAGAUAAUCUCGUUAACGAACACACGUAUUAUGCAUCGACUGAAAUAGAAGAUGAGAGUGAAAAAUAUAAAAGACAAGCACUUAUAUUGCAAUGUGCUUAUUAUAUGGCAUUAGUGCAAACACUGAUUGAAAAUAAUGUUACGGCUACAAACGACUGGUUAUGGCAGAAGCAAUUAAGAUUUUACUUGCUUAGCACUAAGGAAGUAGUAGCUAAAAUGGGAUUAGCACAGAUCUCGUACUCCUACGAAUACCUCGGUGUGAGUACCGGACAAUUUGUGCGUACGGAAACUACCGACGAAAGUUUUCUUAUUUUAACGCAGGCACUGCAUCUUGGAUUAGUAGGUAAUCCAUUUGGCCCUGCUGGAACGGGGAAAACGGAAUCAGUGAAAGCUUUAGGGGGCUUAGUUGGUCGAUUGGUGCUUGUCUUCAACUGUGACGAGGCGAUGGACGCCCAGUGCAUGGGGCGUUUGCUAAGUGGAGUAGCACAGUGUGGUGCCUGGGGUUGCUUCGAUGAGUUCAACCGUCUAUCAGCCGACACUCUCGCUGCAGUAUCGCACCAGUUCGCUUCACUGCUAGCGGCAACGCACAAGCGAGCGCCGGCCGUCGAGCCCACGGCACUUCUUAAUGGAAAGCAAAUACGGGUAUCGGAAUGGUGCGGCGUUGCGGCAACAAUGAAUCCUAUGGGCCGUGGUUACGGCGGGCGCCGUGCGUUACCGGCGGCCUUGCAGCACGCAUUACGUCCGCUCGCUUUGCGCGCCCCGCCUCGCCGCGCCCUCGCCGCUCGCUUGCUUGCCGCACACGCUGCCGCACAACCGCACGUACUCGCCGCAGACUUGGAUACCGUCUUUACACUAUCUAGUACGCUUUUAAGUGGACAAAGGCAUUACGAUUGGGGCUUGCGCGCUCUGAAAGCGGCAGUGGGCAGUUGUGGUGCGGCUCUCUCCACAAAUGCCUCCGCUCCGCCUGAACAGCAACGCGCUCUGUUGCGUAAAGUAUUACGCCUAAACAAUUUGUCAAAGCUGACGCAGUAUGACGCUGAAAGGUUUGAAAAUAUUUUAUCAAUGGUUUUCGCUGAUGUGCCCGAGGAGAAAGCAGCUAUAGAUCCAAUUUAUACUUCUCUUGAUGCUACAGUCAAACAUCUCGGCUUAGUGCAUAAUAAACUUCAGAUCCAAAAGUGUAUGGAGCUAUUCGAACAGAUGCAACAAAGAAUGGGAGUAGUAAUAGUUGGUCCACCGGGAUCCGGUAAAAGCACUAUAAGACAGAUGCUUAAAACCGCACUUACAUUGCAAGGAAAAACUAUCAUGGAACACGUGAUAUACCCCAAGGCCAUGAGUCGUAGCUGGUUACUGGGUCACAUCGAGCUGGACACCCGACAGUGGACCGAUGGAGUUAUGUCUACAGUCGCGCUUCAAGUGUCCAAUCAACCCGACGAUAUAUGGUCGUGGGUAGUUUGCGACGGUGACAUAGAACCGGAAUGGAUCGAGGCGUUGAACUCAGUGCUGGAUGACAAUCGACUGUUAACGCUGCCAUCAGGUUGGCGCGUACAGUUCUCACACAAUGUUAACUUCAUAUUCGAGACCCAUAGCUUAGAGCACGCCUCGCCAGCGACCAUAUCAAGAAUGGGGAUCAUAUUACUGAGCGAUGAAAGCAAUUGUGCGGAGGAAAUUUUGGAGAACUGGUUGCAAAAGACUGAAUUUGAGAACGAAAAUGCAAAAUUAUCAAUGCCGUUACUAAAUCAAACCGUGAAAAAAUGCAUUCAAUGGCUGAACAAUCAUAAAUCUGAUGUCGUUGUUAAAAAUUGUUCUAUAUCUUUGGUAAAACAAAUACUAACUCAGUUCGAAUAUAUAGCACAAGAUACGAAUUCGGCAGCAGUUCAUAUAAAUUCUGAAGAAAUGGUUUGGUUAGCCUUGCAACGAAGUGUUGCAGGUUUACUGAAAAGUAAUGCCGUAGACAGCUUCUAUGAUGAGCUUCAGAUGUCACCGUUGAUGGGCAUGGGUGUUAUGGCAGCUGCGUGCAACGAAUGGUCGGACGCGUUGUUUCGUUCAGUACGGGUGCGUUCGUGCGAACCGGCCCUUCGCGCCGCCAUCCUCACCAAUGACUCGCACGUCGUUAUAAUCGGAAACGAUGCAUGCGCUAAAAACACUCUAGCUGAAUAUGUUCUCAAAGAAUCCAAUUCAACUGUGAUAACGAUCGACUGUACUCCAAUUUUAGAGCCAGUGGAUAUUAUUGCGGAAUUGAAACGUAAGAACGUGGUAUCCAGCGGAGGUCGCGCGGGUAGUGGAAGUUCUAGUCGAGCAACUUUGCUGGUACGCUCCCUACAUCGAGCGAGUCGUGAUUCAUGGGGCUCAUCAUUAGUGCAUUCCUUUUUGCUGCAGUUGAUACAACAAAAUGGUUUCUGGGCGCGAGAGGAAGGCGGUCCUCAGUGGUACAGCACUGGUCGAGUGACCAUCGUAGCUACAGCAACUUCGCAUGCCAUGUUGUCUCCGCGACUAGCAGCAAUCCUUGUACCCAUUAUUCUAAGUGAGCCUGAUGAGGAUGAACUUUUGGAACUUUCGAGAUAUUACCUUUCAGAAAGUGUAGGCAACAAUAUAUCAGAUAAUGAAAUCUCCGUUCUAGCUCGUAAUAUGUUAUCUUUAUACACAGAGGUAACAGACACAUUCCACUCAAAACCGCAAUACAUCUGGAAUCCUUCACACCUUAAGAAAUGGUGUGAGAAUAUUAAAUGGUACUCAACAUCUAAUAUGCCGGAACUACUAAUAGCUAUAAAAACGGAAGCUAACAUGAUAUUUAGAGAAAGGCUUAUGAUGGACGAAGAGAAGUCUCAAUUCAGUACAAUAUUUCGCAAUCACAUAAAAAUGGAUGAUACAGAACUAUUCUUUAAACCGAAAGUGCGUGGCGAUGGAGUUCAUUUAGAAUUAGUUGAUUAUAAGGAAUGGUAUCACAAUACUCAGAAAGUUAUCAACCAGUGCCUAACAGACGAUGAGCGCGUAUUUGGUGAUACUGGUAUUGAAGUGUGCAUGGAAUUGGCAGCUUUAUGCUCGGCUAUAUCACUUGCUCUAAACGGCGGCAUAGUAACGUGCAUAAGCCCCGCUGGCGCCGGUCGUCGUCCAGCCGCCUCUAUUGUUUGUACCGCGCUCUCCGCUAAUUUGUAUGUCGUCGACCAGCGCAGCCAAUUCAACAACUUCUUUAAAAACGCGCUGACAUCAGCAUGCGAAGGAACCCGUACGUUACUUGUUAUUUGUGAAGCAGUAGCCACAGAUGAAGUUUUAGCAUUCGUAGAGGCGUUUCUGAAGGCGAAAUCCAUACAUGUGCUUCCGUCUAACAUCGUAGCAUCACUUGCGCAGUCUCAGCAAUUCCAACAAAGCUUAAUAGAUAUAAAACAUAAUCUAGGCAUAAUGAUUUGUUUGGACAAAGAUCAGGAGAACUUGAAUCAACUGCUUAGUUCCCAUCCUUUGUUGCACAGUACAAGCAGACUGGUUUGGCUAAACCACUGGUCGAACGAGACUUUGCGGCAGAUGCCCACCCUUGUUGUACAGAGGUUAAUGAAAGAGAACACCCAAGAAAUGUGUAAAGAAGAUCUAGACAGCAUUCCUGUUGAAGGAUUCGUUAGUAUAUACAGGAGCUUACAAGGUGGAUGGAUUCGUGCACCGUGUCGGUACAUGCACUUCAUAAAAACUUACUUUCACAUCUUUAGUAACAAAAAACAUGCUCUACUUCUACGGCAGAACACAUUAUCUGCCGGUGUAGAAGCGCUAAAGCGUGCCCGCAGUGAAGUAGCAACUUUACAAGAGGAAGCCGCGUUACAAGAAGUUGCGCUAUCGGAGAAACAAGCAAAAGCCAACCAGGCGUUGGAUCAGAUUGGAGCUACUGUGCGCGCGACCACAGAUAAAAAAGAAGAAAUGCAUGAAUUGAAGAAGAAUAUUGAACUUGAAAAUGAAAAGCUGCAGAUACGUAAAAAGAAAAUCGAAACGGAAUUAGCAUCGGUAGAGCCAGUAAUAGCGGCAGCGCGGGCUGCCGUUGGUGAUAUUCGACCGGAAUCUCUAAGCGAAGUACGUUCACUCCGAGCCCCACCCGACGUUGUGCGUGAUGUUUUAGAAGGUGUUCUACGCCUUAUGGGUAUCGCCGACACUUCUUGGCAUUCCAUGAAGAGUUUUCUCUCAAAACGUGGCGUGAAAGAGGAUAUUAGGUGCUUAGAUGCGAGCCAGAUUAGUGCAGAAGCGGCACUGUCAGUAGAGAAGCUGCUAGAGAAACGAGGUGCAUCCUUCGAGCAGGCGACAGCUAAGCGUGCAAGCGCGGCCUGCGCCCCGUUGGCCGCGUGGGUGCGCGCCAACCUAGCGUACGCGCGCGCUAUAGCACGCGUGCAGCCGUUACAGGAACAACAGAGACAACUUCACAAGAACUUACACCAAGCGGAAGCAGAAUUAGCAGCACUAUCAAGUGGCCUCGCCACGGUGGAUGAGCGGGUUGCAGCUCUCAAAGAGCAGUUAGGACAACACACACGGGAAGCAGCCACGAUAGAACUACGACUCUCAACAGCAGUGAAAACUAUACAGACGGCGCGUGACUUGCUUGAUCAACUGGCUCAUGAGUACGAAUCCUGGGAGACUGAUCUGCAAACUAUAUCACGGGAAAUACUAGAAUUAAGCCAAAGAUCAGUACUGGCAGCUGGAUAUCUAGUCUACCUAUCUGAUUUAACUGAACCCCAAUCGAGGAAGCAUUUGGCAAACUGGGGAGCUUUAAUUAAUUUCGAAGACUCGUCAUUUUUAGUUAUUAAUUUCCUAUCUUCGGCUGAAAAACAAUUAAAAUGGGAAGCAGAUGGCCUGUCUCUAGAUCAAUCAGCCAUCAAAAACGCUGUUUUUAUCGAUCAGUAUCUACAGACGCACGCCUGUGGUCUUACGCCAUUGAUCAUAGACCCGGAGCGCGAAGCAGAGUCGUGGCUCGGAAAUACUCUCGUCGGUACACCUUGUGACUUCGUGCCACAGCAUAGCGAUAAACUAUAUACCGCCCUACAAUAUGCAGUCAGGUUAAACCGAGUAAUAGUAGUAACGGAAGUUGAAAACAUAGAGGAAUGGUGGUGGAGCAUUUUGUGUUCGGGUAAAGCCAGAGUGUUACUUGUUACGCGAGAUGCGAAGAUACUGGCCCGAUCAGCACCGCAAGUGCUGACGAGACUAGCUCCAUUGCACUUCACUGCUAGACUGCAUGCACUUGUCGAUCAAUUAGUGCAUUAUGCUAUGCAAAAACAAAACCCUGAAAUGAAUGAAAAAUCAAAGGAAAUUAAACUAACAAGGGCUACACUACAAAAAAAACAGCACGAAUUACAGGAAAAUCUCCUGAAAGAUCUCUCGAGCAACAGUGAUAUAUUACACGACGCGAAUUUACUUGCAUCUCUCAAAAAGACACGAACAACGAGUGUCACUAUAUCUGAAGCUCUAACAUCUGCGAAGGCAAUUGAAGUGGAAACGAAAGCCGCUUGUGAGGCUUAUGAAGCCAGUGCAAUACGCGCUGCUCAUUUAGCUCUAGCGGUGAAGCAGCUAAGCUCUCAAAGACCACUGGUAGCAUUGCCAAUGGAUGCCGUGCUGGACGUGUUUGUAGACGCAGUACGCAGGACAGCGAAUGAUCCUAAAAAUAUAAACACGGUUGAAGUCACCAAGUAUUUCACAAGAAGAAUUAUAGAGCGCGUUUUACUAAGCCUGCACAAGAAAGACAAAUACAUUUGCGUCAUGCACUUAUUGAGACAAGUCUACGAUAAUCUGAUACCGGAGAAGUUAUGGCAACUAUUUAUUGGAAAUUUUGGACUUAUUGACGAAAAUGAAGUGGUUAUUGAAAUUAAAAAACAACACCAGUGGCUAAACGAUGACUGUGUGAAGAAAGUAGCAAAAAUAAAGGUACAGGAUGAAGACUUAUUUGGAAGACUGUCACUCGCUAAAUCAGACACUUGGUUGGAAUUCCAAAAGUCAGGGGAUCUGCUUACUAUCGACAAAUUGAAUCUAAGUUUGUUUGAUAACAUAAUCGCAGUAGCGGCGAUGCGACCUGAUAGUCUGUUCAGAGCGAUCAUUGCAUUUGUGGAUGAAGUAUUAGGAUCGGGCAGUAUGACGGGAGGAGAGAGUAUUAGUCGCGCAACUCGAUGGUCAGCACCGUCUCGGCCCGUGCUGCUACUUGCCGCUCACGGAGCCGACGUGCUCGCGGCUCAUGCUCAAGCGAAUUCCCAUAUACUGAUAACGGUGGGCGUAGAGGAUGGUAUAAAUUCCUGGGAAGCAUCAUUGGAAACUAGUCGAGGUGGAGGUUGGCUAGCCAUAGUCGUGGGUGCUUCACCAUUUACAAGGGAUUUGCUUUCCUUCGUCACGUCUCUGACUCAACGACCGGCUGCUGAUUUUGGCGACGAAUUCCGAUUAUGGAUUUUAGCCGAAGAUCGCGAGAUACCCUCGACUUUAACGAACUCUUGCAUGAACGUUGUUCUUGAAGCGGCUGAAGGAGUAAAGCGUAACGUGUGCGGCACGCUCGGCUCGUGGGGCCGACUAGAGGGAGAUGCAGCAUUAUUGCGGCACCUCGCACGUCUUGCUCUGUUCCACGCAUUGGUGCAAGAACGCCGCGCGUACAUACCACAAGGUUGGUCUCGAUGGUACGCGUGGGAGUGGGGCGACGUAAGCGCGAGCGCCGCAGCUUCAAAACACUCGGGCGGUACGGGCGGAGACACGGCACGUGAACUGUGCGGUGCGCUGUACGCGGCUCGAGUUGACGGACAACGUGACCGCGAUCUUUUGCAGGCUCUGUUACGCCGCUGUAUGAUCGACGCUGCAAAUACACUGCCCGCGCCUCUGCCGCUAUCUACCCGCAUGCAGGAAUACAUAACAGCGUACGAGGCGUUGCCGGAUAUCGACUCGCCGCAGUUGUUGGAGUUGCCAGCCAACUGUCGCGUUGCGUGGGAAAAGAACGCCGCCGACAAUAUCGUCGCGGGUCUAAGAGAAUUGAACACAACUACGGCAAUCAAAAAGUCCGAUACUACAACUCCCUUGAAAACACUUUUGGCUUUGUGGAAGAAAUUGAUGUCUGGCUGCCCUCUCAUCAAAGCAGACUAUCAUAUUGAAAAGGCGGGUGGGGGCUGGUGGGGUGCGGUGUGUGCGGCGGAGCUGCGAGACGCGGGACACGCGGCACGCUCGCUACACGCGGCUCUGGCUCGGUACGCGCACGCGUCUCCGCAUGCGCCGCAACAACUGCACAAGGUGCCAGAUGAGUGGCAGCAGCUGUGGGCUGGUCCUGAUAUGCCGCAGGUCUAUCUGAAAGAGUUCUGUUAUCGUGCCCGAGCCGCAGUAGAACGGAUUCGUGAACACAAAUCCAACGAUGACUAUUUUCCAACAGAAGUGGAUCUCCGCUCGUUCGUACGUCCCCAACGGGUUCUGUGUGCCGCACGUGCCCGCUCGGCCGCAAAACGCACUUGUUCCGUGGACGCACUCGCUCUCACUGCUAAGUGGGAUCAUUCUCCUGAGAGUAAUAGCGACGGAAUUAUACUGCGCGGACUAAUGCUGAGCGGUGGAUCGUGGGUCGCGGGUUCUGUGCACGCUGCGGCACCCGCUGCGCCCCCGCACGAGUCCGCACCACCGCUGUUGCUGCGAUAUGUACCGCAGGACACGCAGUCGGCUCCCUACAGCGAGAACGCCUUCGAAGUGCCGAUAUACAGCAGUGUGUCGCGCGAUGAGGAGCUUGUUCGCGUGCGAACGCCGCUGCACGCACAGUUCGCACCGCGAACCGCUCUGCUGCACGCACUCGCACUCUUUGUUGCGCCGUGCGAUUGAUUUCUCGUUAACCAUUUGGCACCCCGCACACACAAUACUAUUGACAAUAAUCCGAAUAUAUUUUUCAACAUAUUCAAUUCUUUAAUAACUAGGCAAUAUACUGCAUAUUGACAAUAAUAUUGCCUGCGUGCGGGGCGCAUUGAAUAAUAUUGAUUGUAUGCGGGCAACCUAAUAAAGAAUUAAAGGACAUAUUGAUAAAAAAUAUUGUCAAUAUUUAAAGUGACAAUAACGUUGUCUAUGUGUGGGUUGCCUAAGGCCGGCCAUACACGGACUGCUCGAGCUGUUAGCCAGUGACCAACAUACACAGACCGCUCUUGCAAUCAUAGUCAACUGCUAGAAGCUGCCAUUUAUAACUGCUGGAGCAGUUGGUGUCAACUGGAGAAAGAAGCACUACUUCUGCUACUUUUGUUCAAACGACGACAGCGGAAUAUUUGACUAUACUUUUUUUUUGAGCUAAGACGUAGUGAAGUUUUUGAUAAGUUUAGAAUGUCAAUCCCAUUUUAUGAAGAAUUGUAUAGUACAUUAGUACUCAAUGAAAACAUUAAACAAAGAAAAGUCUAGUCUAGUCUAGUCUAGUCUCUAGCGUAUAAUAAGAUAAUAAAGGUUUGAGAAAAUAAAAAACGUUAAUUAAUUUAAAUAUUUUUUUUAUUAAUUAAUUGUAAAAAUAUUCCUUUCCCAAGGUAUUUAAUAUAUCUUUAGUGAGCUGUGACUAGAGAGAUCGGUCUUGCUCAUAACUUAUCUACAAUUUCGCUAAAGGAAG